CGCUUCGCCGCGAUGUACAUGUACGCCCGCGGUUUGAUUCCGAACAGAGCUUUCGUCGCUGCAUCUCUCUCGCGCUCUUGAGUAGUUCAAGUUCGAGAGAGACACAAAACCAGCCCGGAGUCGCAUAGGGAAGUCCAGAGCAGGCUCUCUCGGUUCGGAGGGUCGUUUCGUCGUCGUCGCUCUGGGGGCCGUCAUGGGGAUCUCGGAUACAACAUGAAGACCGUCGUGGCGUGCUGCGUGGCGCUGCUGGCGGCGUCCUGCGCCGCGUCGCCCCUGCCCGACGACGGCGUCGAGGUCAAGUUCGAGCCCGCGGCGUCCUCGGAGGUGGAGAUGGACGCGCAGAUCGCCGGCCUCAUCCAGCAAAUCGAGCAGCUGCAGGGCCUGACGCCGCGCGAGAAGAGGGCGGUGAGUGCACUGCUGGGGGGCGGCGGCGGCGGCAGCUUCCUCAACGAGCUCAACAAGGGCCCGACCUACUCGCAGCUGCUGGGCAACAGCGGCGGCGGCUUCGGCAGCAAGCUCGGCAUCUUCAGCAGCCUGCUGGGCAGCUCCAGCGGCGGUGGGCUUGUGGAGUUGGAAUGCAGUUAG